AUGAGUUCUGGAUUCUCGCCAAUUGCCGGAAACGGGUUUUCUGGAAGGACCGAUGUUGUUCGGGCUUUGUUUAGUAUAUGGGAACCGCUGCAAGCAGCGUUUUCUAAAGACGGUGCUACUGUGCAGAUAGAUCACAGUGGAGCCAUUUUCGACCGAGCAGCCAUCUCGCUGGAGGGCUUCGCGAGACCAUUGUGGGGAAUUGUGCCCUAUGUUAUGGGAGGUGGCGAGUUCGAUAACUGGGAUCUGUUCAACAGAGGAUUGAGUAAUGGAACCGAUCCUGAUCACCCUGAAUACUGGGGUGAUAUUACGGAUAUAGAUCAGCGUCAAGUCGAGCUGGCAGCAAUUGGAUUUGCUUUGGCAGUGGUACCAGAACACUUUUGGGAACCUUUGACGGAGGAAGCAAAGAAGAAUGUGAUCAGGUACUUGUUGAUGGGACGAGAACAUGAUUUGCCUGAAUGCAAUUGGCACUUUUUCCGAGUAUUGAUGGAUUUGGGAUUGAACAGGGCUGGUGCUGUGUAUGACCAGGCAAAACUCAGUAAUGAGAGUUUUGACAAAAUCGAUAGAUAUUAUAUCGAGGAUGGAUGGUACCGAGAUGGUGAUCCUAAAGGCGAAUUGUAUAGAAUGGACUACUAUAACCCAUUUGCUAUGCAUUUGUAUGGACUAUUAUAUUCUGCUUUACAGCCCAAUGAUACAGAAAGAGUUGAGAAAUAUAGAAGUCGGGCUAGAGAGUUUACUAAGGAAUUCGUUAAUUUCUUUGCUGAUGACGGGUCAAGUGUUCCAUACGGUCGCAGUCUUACUUAUCGGUUUGCCUGUGGCAGUUUCUGGGGAGCAUUGGCGUUUGCAGAUGAAGAGGCUCUGCCAUGGGGAGUGAUCAAGGGUUUAUACUUGCGUCAUCUCCGAUGGUGGUCUCAACAGCCAAUUUCAUCUCUCAACUCGAACAUUCUUUCAGUUGGAUAUUGUUACCCAAACACUUUUUUCUCAGAAGGUUAUAACUCGGCAUGCUCUCCGUAUUGGGCCAUGAAAGCGUUCCUCCCAUUGGCAUUACCAGAAUCACAUCCAUUCUGGUCCAGUAAAGAAGUUGAUUUAGAUCAUGUCAAGGUACCAUUUGUAUCGUCAGUUCCGGGAUUUGUUUUCUCUCAUAACCCGAAAAACACUGUUAUGUUGGUGUCGGGUCCGGAAAGAAAGGAUAUGAGGUUUGUCACCGAAAAGUACAACAAAUUUGCCUAUUCGUCGAGAUACGGAUUCAGCAUCGAGGCUGACUAUGAACGGUUCUACGCGGGUGUCUUUGACAACAUGCUAGCUUUUUCUGACGACGGCGCCCAUUUCCGAGUCAGAGAGAGAUGUGCUGUUGCCAAAGUCUCCGGUACAAUCUUGUAUUCGCUCUGGAACCCCUGGAGUGAUGUCAAAGUGGAAACAUGGCUGAUUCCAUGUGGACCAUGGCAUACUCGUGUUCACAAAAUUGUUUCUCCCAGAAAACUGUCCACUAUUGAAGGAGGAUUUUGCGUGCCGCUGGCGGAUUUCAAUAAAGAUCUCCGAUUCCAAAAAGAAAACUACGCUCUUGUGCAAGCCGAAGAGGACAUCAGCUGCAUCACUGAACUUUCUGAUACCAAAAGAACAGGGCGUGUUCACAAACCAGAGGGAAAUACCAAUUUGAUGUUCUCACGGACCCUCGUUCCUCAGCUACUGGCCGAUAUAGAACCCAACAAGGAACACAUCUUUGUCACAGCUGUUCUUGCUUCCCCUGACAAACUAGCUGCACAGACUGCUCUGAAGAACCCACCACCAGUACCAGAUAUCAAACAGCUGGUAGAACUGGCCGGCAAGGCAGACCUCGUCGGCAUCAUGAAAUAG